AUUCGGCAACUCACGCCACUCUAUGCGCACGCGCCGUAUAAACACCAUGUUUUACAAAGAAGUCGUAUUGACACUUGCUAUUGCAUCCGACCUACUUAUAUUUCCUGUAAAUGGGAAAGAGAUGGAACUAUUGGAUGGGAUACUACAUAGAAAUAAGAGACAAGUUUUGUUGUGGCCCAAUAGUACGUUACUUCAGUUCAACGCUGGGGUUGGAUUUCCCAGCGCAGCGAAAAGCAUAAAUGUGAACUAUGCAUUUCAAGCAAAUUUUCAACUACCUUGGAAUAGAACGCAGAUACCUAUCGACAUACUAGAAGCUAAUUCUGGAUACGUUGGGACAGCUAGAAAGAAGAGGGAAGCCGGGAUAAAACAUGAUAGUAAUGGGGAUUAUCAGGAUGAUGCAAAGCUGUAUCACUUCUACAAACAUGUUGAAGCUGUAUUAGAUGGGUUCGGCCACAAUGGCAAGUCGUGUGUCCUGCAAACAUUGUGUCAACUUGGAGCUGAACCCUUACACACUGAUGAUGAAGAAGAUGUCUUGCAUGAAAUGGCAAUAUUUGUGUUAAACCCCAAAAACGAUGGCAUUCACAACCUGACGGAAAACGAUGAUACCUACCCAUAUAUCAAGGCGUAUACAGACGGGGAGCAUCAGAAAGACUGCUCUGCGUUAUACCACGGCUGUUCACUAUCCUUCAUAGAUGUAUUCACUAAACUACACGAUCAAGCGUGAUUGAGAAUAAAGACUGUAUUUGCUACCUUUCUUUUUUGUAUAUUGUUAAAGUUACACACAUUUCAUUGGGUUACAAAGGCCCUUUGCGGA